AUGAUUCCCAAUAGUGCCAAGCAUUUCCGGGCUAAAGAUAGACAGAGAAAUGUCCAGGAAUAUCCCAAGCUACAUUACCCAGAAGUUUACAUUUUAGAAGGUGGAUACUGCUCGAAACAUGCGACCCCUGUGGAUAUGUACAAAUGGAUGCACCCCAACACAGUCACGCUAGAGCAGCUGAGAUUGGACAGUUCCGGAAAUGGAACCGAACCCAAAGUUAUACCUAUGGUGAAUCAAACCUGUCGAAUCAAGCUGGGAAUGGGCAGUCUAUACAGGCACCUCCGGCUCUCGAAUACAGACGCACGGUGGCACCUCCUGGCAACCCUCGAAGAGGAUCAUCAAGGACAUGAUGAUCAAGAGACGCAGGAGGACCUACCGGACGAACAGUCCGAAGGAGAGGAAACUGCCGGAGAGAAUGACUAUGACGAUGAUGACCAACAAACUGUCGACUCUGACCUUCAUGACAGAGUGCACGAUAUCUCCUUUGACGACGAGUCUCAAGGCUUCGGUUCGGCAAACAGCCCUUUCACCCAAGAUCCAGCUGUCUCUCAAGGAGAGGAAAUGAAACGUGCCAAGAACCGCGGGAGGCAAUUGUUGGAGAAGACAUUCAGGCCUUUCUCACUGUUCCCUUCUGGGCGUCUCGGCUUGAACAAGGCCGGAUCUCAUGCCUCCUAA